CAGAGAGAGCGACUGGAGAGAGACGAGAGAGAGCGACAGGAGAGAGAGCGAACUGGAGAGAGACUGGAAAGAGAACGAGAGAGAGCGAGACUACGACUGGAGAGAGACGAGAGAGAGCGACUGGAGAGAGACGAG